GCGGCGGCGGCGGCGGCGCGGGCGGUGCUGAGGGGCCGCGGGGCCGGGCCGGGCCCGCCGCGGGCGCCAUGAGCCAGGGUGGCGGGGCCGCCGGCGAGAGCGGCGAGCCGGAGGCCAAGGUGCUGCACACCAAGCGGCUGUACCGGGCAGUGGUUGAGGCCGUGCACAGGCUGGAUCUCAUCCUUGGCAAUAAGGCAGCUUACCAGGAUGUGUUCAAGCCAGAGAACAUCAGCUUGAGGAACAAGCUGAGGGAGCUGUGUGUGAAGCUGAUGUUCCUGCAUCCAGUGGAUUAUGGAAGAAAAGCAGAAGAACUGCUCUGGAGAAAGGUUUACUAUGAAGUUAUCCAGCUCAUUAAAACAAAUAAAAAGCACAUCCACAGCCGCAGCACCCUGGAGUGUGCAUACAGGACUCACCUGGUGGCUGGCAUAGGAUUCUACCAGCACCUCCUGCUCUACAUCCAGUCCCACUACCAGCUGGAGCUGCAGUGCUGCAUUGACUGGACACACGUGACAGACCCUCUCAUAGGCUGCAAGAAACCUGUGUCUGCAUCAGAGAAGGAGAUGGAGUGGGCACAGAUGGCCUGUCACCGGUGUCUGGUCUAUCUGGGAGAUCUAGCUCGCUAUCAGAAUGAGCUGGCAGGUGUGGACACGGAGCUGCUGGCUGAGCGAUUUUACUAUCAAGCCCUUUCUGUUGCACCACAAGUUGGAAUGCCCUUCAACCAGCUGGGGACACUGGCAGGGAGCAAGUACUACAAUGUGGAAGCAACCUACUGCUACCUACGCUGCAUCCAGUCUGAAGUGUCCUUUGAGGGUGCCUAUGGGAACCUGAAGCGGCUCUAUGACAAAGCAGCCAAGAUGUACCAUCAGCUGAAGAAAUGUGAGACCAGGAAGUUGUCUCCAAGCAAGAAAAGAGGAAAAGACAUUAAGAGGUUGCUGGUGAGCUUCAUGUACCUGCAGAGUCUUUUGCAGCCAAAGAGCAGCUCUUUGGAUUCUGAGCUGACAUCUCUCUGCCAGUCUGUGCUGGAGGAUUUCAACCUGUGCUUGUUCUACCUGCCCUCUCCUCCUAACCUGAGCUCAACUAGUGAAGAUGAAGAAGAGUAUGAGAGUGGCUACUCCUUCCUUCCUGACCUCCUGAUCUUUCGCAUGGUCAUCAUCUGCCUUAUGAGCGUUCACAGCCUCAAGAGGGCAGGUUCCAAGCAGUACAGUGCAGCCAUUGCCUUCACGCUGGCUCUCUUCUCUCACCUGAUCAAUCACGUCAAUAUUCGCCUCCAGGCUGAGCUAGAGGAAGGGGAAAAUCCUGUCCCAGCCUUUCAGAGUGAUGGCACAGAUGAGCAGGAGCCACGGGAGCCUGUGAACUCAAUUGAGAAGGAAGCUGAAGCUGAGCUGGCCAAUCAUCAGCCCAGUGAGGAGCAGAGGAAAAAUGAUUGCAAGAAAAGCAAGAAAUAUUCUCGUCUGUCCUGCCUGCGCCGCCGCCGGCACGCCCAGAAGGUGGAUGAGAGCGACCUGAGUGAGGGCUUUGACUCUGACUCCAGCCAGAGCUCCAUCAAGGGCAGUGAUGGCUCAGAGAGUGGCUCAGAGAAGAGUGAUGAGGAAGCAGAAGCUGCUUUUGAUGUGGAGACAGACUCCGACAUGAACAGCCAAGAGUCUCGGUCUGACUUGGAGGACAUGGAGGAUGAACCGGGUGAGGAAGGAAGCAGCCAAGGCAAAAGUGGGCCCAAAGAGGCCUUAAAAAACUGUGUGGAUAGCAGUGGCCUGGGGGACUCCAAGAGCCCAAGCAUCUCUAAAAGUGAAGCUGUGGAUCCAGCAGUCAAUGGGCCAGCUUCCCUGAGCACUAAUGAUGCAAGCAUAGCCAGUAAUCUGCAGGCCAUGUCCACCCAGCUGUUCCAGACCAAACGCUGCUUUCGCUUGGCUCCCACCUUCAGCAACAUCCUCCUGAAACCCAGCAGUGAAGCACCUGCCUUGAAGGAUGGCAUGGAGAGCAAGCCAUGUGUCAAUGGAGAUCUGGAGAAGCCCAGCUUGGCAGAGCAAGAUGAUGUGUCUGACUCUGAAGAAAGCAUUUCAAGUAACAAAUCCUGCAGAAAUGAGCGAUCCCUUCAGGAGAAGUUGGAGAUUGUGACCAAUGAAGGGCUGCUGCUUACUGUCAAGGUGUUCCUGGACUGGCUGAGGACAAACACAGACCUCAUCAUUAUGUGUGCUCAGAGCUCUCAGAGCCUGUGGAACAGGCUGUCUGUGCUCCUGAACCUUCUGCCUUCUGCUGCAGACCUGCAGGAAUCAGGGCUGGCCCUGUGUGAUGAAGUCAAGGACAUGCUGAGUGAUGCUGAGCUGCCAGACCUGAAGGCCAACCUGCUGCUCCCUGAGGACGUGGCCCUGCGCAAUCUCCCCCCUCUGAAAAAUGCACACAAGAGGUUCAACUUCGAGCAGGACCGGCCCAUCUUCUCUGCACUCGAGGAGUCUGUCGUGCGCAUCUGCUGCAUCCGGAGCUUCGGCCACUUCAUCACCCACCUGCAAGGCAGCAUCCUGCAGUUCAACUCAGAGCUUGGCAUCUUCAUCAGCAUAGCACAGUCUGAGCAAGACAACUUGUUGCACCAGGCCCAGGCUCAGUUUCACAUGGCUGCAGAGGAAGCUCGACGGAACAGGCUCAUGAGAGACAUGGCUCAGCUUCGGCUGCAGCUGGAGGUGUCUCAGCUGGAGGGCAGUCUCCAGCAGCCCAAGGCACAGUCAGCCAUGUCUCCUUACCUGGUUCCUGACACCCAGGCCCUCUGCCAGCACCUGGCUCUUGUCAAGCAGCUGGCCACAAGUGGGAGGUUCAUCAUCAUCAUCCCUCGAACAGUUAUCGAUGGCCUGGACUUCCUGAAAAAGGAGAACGCCGGUGCUCGGGACAGCAUUCGGUAUCUGGAGGCAGAAUUUAAAAAGGGAAACAGGUACAUUCGUUGCCAGAAAGAUGUCGGGAAGAGCUUUGAGAGGCAUAAAUUGAAGAGACAAGAUUUAGAUGCCUGGAAUCUCUAUAAAAUCCUGGACAGCUGCAAGCAGCUGACAGUGUCCCAGGGCAGUGGGGAGGAUGACACCACGGGAAUGGUCACCAUCAUCACAGGCUUCCAGCUGGAGGACCCCAGCUCCUUCUCAGUGCCCAUGCAGUCUGCCAUCCAGGCAGCCGCCAAUGCCAGCAUAGAGAUAAAAAAUGUUCUGGAGUUUUACAAGCAGUGGAAAGAGAUGGGCUGAUGGUCAGAAAGGCAUCGGGUUGGUGAACCUUUCUCUCCCCCUCUCGCAACGUGCAGCGUCUGAACGAAGGAAACAACAAUCUGGGCGACACUUAAGACACGAAGAAGCAGCAGCAGCAGCAACAGCAACAAAAAUACCUACCCAAAUGAAUUAAAAAAAAAAAAACAAAAAUCCAAAGUGGGCACGCACACUGACACCCUCCACCUGCAUCCUGAGCAGACAGGCUGUACAGCUCUGAUGGAGCCAGCUGCUCUGAGAGAGGCCCCUCGGAAUGGGAACGGCCGGGGCAGAGCUCUGCCCUUCUCCCAGUGGGCAGAGAUGGGCGAGAGACAGGCAGUCCUUCAUCCCCCUCCUUCCUCCCAAAGCUUGCUUGGCCAGCAGGAGCAGGCUGGUGGUUCAAAGCAUGGACUUCACUUCAGCAAAACCAAACCAGUGCAGCAGAAACGGAGCCCUCCGCCGUGGGGAAGAAGAUCCAAAGAGUGUUUUGCUCUUGUUUGGCAAUCUGGGGACAGGAAAGUGGAUAGGAUUUCUCCCCCCCCCCCCAUCUCCUCCUUUUGAAUUAAUUAUUUUUCAAGGGUUUUUUUCCUUUUAAUUUUUAGUUUUUAUAUAUAUGAAUAAUAUUAAACAAAAAAAGAAAAAAGAAGAGUUCCUUUGGGGUUUUGGAUACUCUUCCAACAUCAGAAAGAAAAGGAAACACUCUAUUUAAAAGGGGGAAGAAGCUCUUAAUAUAAUUUUUUUUUUUUCUUAGAACAAGCAUAUUUAUUUCCUUUCCCAGGCCCCCAUGGAGCAGGCUCAGUGCAAAGGGAUGUUGGCCUGUGAGGAGGGAGCAGCCCCACGUUGCACUCCACUCUCCCUGGGAGCUGCACACUUCAUGAGCAACACAAGCUCCACCACGCUGCUCCAGGGAGCCCACAGGACUCUGCCUCCAUCCCCAGCUUCUCCCACUAUGCAUUAGACCUUGGAGAAAAGGAGGAAUCUGGCAGAACUGCUGAAAGAGAGAGAGAAGAGCCGGGUGGGAUUUAUGCACCAUUAAGGCUCAAAUGCUUGGCUUGAGCACUGCAACACUGGGAUGGAGCAGAUGUCUCCAAAGGACCCAAAGCCUCUUUUUCAUCUUUUCUUUUUUUUUCCCUUUUUUUUUCCCCACUAAAUCUUUCAAUAGGCUGUGGAGGAGGAAGGAGAAUCUCAAAGCCAUUAUCUUCUGCUGGUUGUUCAAUGCACCACUGCUGCAAUGCUGUGCUAGAGAUGGUGACAGAGCUGUGUCCUCUUUUCUCACAUCCCUCUGGGCUGGCAGAGGCUGUGCAGGAGAUUCACAGACUGCUCCCUGCUUUUGGCAUCCCAGACAGGAGGGCUGAUGCUACCUGGAAAGGUGCUGGAAGAGCUGGGAGGGAUCCUGCAGAGCUCCAUCCUGGCAGCAUCUCACUCAGCCUGUGUCUGACACGCUGCCACUCGCAUGUGAAGCUGCAGGUUGCUCCCAGGGCAGCAGGAGAGGGGCUGGGCAGUCUCUUCCUGCUCCCUUUUCUUGCCUCUGUGUGCCCACAAAGAGGUGUCUCCAUCCACAUGAACCAGCAGCAGCUAUGCAAGUACAAACCACUGGAGUCUUCUAUCUGUCUGUGUUCUCACAUGGGCCAGCCAGAAACUGCUACAGCCAGAGAGCAAAACAUGAGAAGCUGAGUCACAUCCUCCACUCUGUGCAGGCUCUGAGCAUGGUGUGUUGUACUGCAGGGGCAGGCUGUUCUUGUUUUCAGGUAAAAACUAAAAAUACCAGCACAAGUACCAGAGGAUUCAUUUCUAUUCCAGUUCCAGCUCCUUUACAGCACAGCAGAGGGAAAUGCCAACCUGCCUGGUCCAGCUGGAGGGACAGGGCUUUCCCUGCAGGAUCUUCUCCUGAAACUCACAGUGCUUUGCUUGGAUAAGCCAAGAGAAGGCCAUGUGCAGGACAGCAGGGCAGAGACUGGCACACCUUGGGGAUUCUUGGAGAUCUGAGAUGGGUUGUGAAGCUCCCAGUCACUCUUCCCCUCCAGUGGUUUUAUUUGAAGUCAUUUGUUUGUGGAGCUCAUUGUUUCUGUUCAAUGGGGUGGAAAAAGAAGGGAAUCUCCUUGUGGGACUGUUGUUGGGUGAAGCCCUCCUUGUCUGGUGGGGGCACAGGGUUGAUGUGCUCUGCUGAAGAAACCCCCCUGAUCCUGGGGUCUGGAGGUCCCUGGGGCUGAGCUUGGUGUGUUUGCCCUGAGAGCCUCAGUGUCACCCUUGUGGCUGCUGAAGAGAAGCUUUGCAGGGCUGUGGUCAGAGCAGUGAGGAGCUGGGGGCAGCCUUCAGCUUCAGGCUGAGCUUUCCCUGGGUCCUGGCUGGACCUUGAGGGGAGGGAGGAGCAGUAGAGGCAAAGCAACAGCCCAGAGGGAAUUCCUGUCUCGCUGGUGGCAAGUGUUUCACUUGAUGGCAAAUGUUUUCAGUUCUUGCAGCUCCCACAGCUGUGCAGGGUGGCAGCUGGGAGCCACAGCUGGCCAGGCUGAGGAGGAGCUGUGUGCUGACUCACUGAGGCCUUGGUGGGCACAGAUCCAGUUAAGAACAAAGCAAAUAAACUCAUUUUCUGUAACCAGAGGCAGAGGAGCUGCUGUGAGCCCAUGUGGGGCUACAUGGCAACAACAGGGGCUGCUCACAGCUCUGCCUUAGUCACUGCUCUGCUCCCUGAGGGGUUGGUUUGAUAUUCCAAGGUUUUGCAUACCUGCAGGGGGGAAUCCUGACUGCCCCCAUGGCACCUUCCACUCUAGGCUGGAUGGGAAGGGAUUGUCACCUAAAAAAGGACACCUGAAGGGUCCCUGUGCUACUCUCCUGUGCUUGAGGAGCUGGUGAAUGGUUUUAGGAUUUGCAUCCCCAGUCAGAGACAGCUGGAGCUGAAAACCUGGGAGGCUGCAGAGUGUGGGAGUGUCCUCCAGCAAGCCUGGCCUUCUGAGGGGGCUCAGCACAUCAUCCCUGGCCUGGGGAAAGCAAAGCACUGCUCUGCCCAUCCCAACCCUCAGGGUGAGCUGGAGUUUCCUCCUUGCACAGAUCUGCUCUGUCCCAGGGCUGCUGGGUUCUCCCCUGGCGCGUUGUGCUGCUCAGAGUGGCUCUGGGGCUGGGGGCAGAGGGGAUGCUGGGCUGUGGAAGGCUCUGUGCAGCCUGUGGCUGCUGUGGUGCUGCACUGGGGGCUCCCUGAGAGCUCCCCCACCCUGGGCAUGCCUGUCCAAGCCAGAACUGUGAGCUGCCUCAGCAGAGAGCAUCGGGCAGGGUGGAGGCUGCAGGCUCUGGCCGUGGAUCCUCCUGCACCAACCCCAGGCUUGCCCUGUCACCCAGUCCAGUGGUGCCUGCUGCGCUGGGAAGGAGAGCAAACAGAAAAACCAUCUUGUGGGCUGAAAAACAAGAGUGUUCCUGUGUUCUGGUGUGUUUCUUGGGUUUGGUUUUUCUCUUCAUUACCACCCUGUGGAGCGGUUCGGGGUUCCUGGGGUGACCCCACGCUGGGAGGACACAGGGCUGUGGUGGCUGAGGCUGGCUGGGCUGUCCCCAAGCCAUGGUGGACACAGUCACUGGUGCUUGUUGGGCUUCUGCUCCAUGGUUUCAUGGGCUGUUCCAAGCAGCUCCUCUGCUCCCAUCCUUGCUUGGCUUGAGGCCACCCGCAAAUGCCUCGGAUUUUGUCUCACAUCUUCAAUUUUGGGCUCUUUUCCUUCUGGGUGUGCAGCAGUGGGCAGGGACAGGGUUGUGUUGCUGGCCUGGCCACUGGCAGGGAGGGGAUGCAGGUUGGAGGCGAGGGACAAUCACCUCUCCCCAGCCCUCGUGUGGCACAGGGGCUUGCAGAGCCAGGGAGGAUUGAGGGGAUUGGGGCCCAGCUGGGUGACAGGGGCUGGGGCUCCCAGCAAAUGUCUGACCAUGGUCUGAGCACAGCAACUGGCUUAAUAAAAUACCAGAUGUUUGUA